AUGUCUCUGGGCAGCCAGGUUGCACCAGCCUCGACGACAUCGGCUUCGUCAUCGCUAUGCGUUGUAUUACACCUCGCUACGAGCUACGACGCCCCCACCAAAACCUCCAACCCGCUUUCGCCUCUCACAUUUGGUGCCAUGGCUGCGGUAAUUGGCGACUUUGUCACGGAUCACUCGCGAUUCCAUAACAUGAUAGCACCCUCGGCGUUGCAGCACGAGCACCCACAUUCUUGCGAACCGGCCUACCGCUCCGAACCACGGAAUACAUCGUGGGAAGCUGUAUCCCACAAGUCGUGGUCCCCAGUCUCUUCCACCCAGCAUCGCGCCGCCGCGUCCAGCGCAACACCUUCGAAACGACUCUGGGAAUCCUCAGAAUCAGGAGCUGAGCAAAAGAACGCGUCUACCGGUGGCGCCUCGCGAUUUCCUUCGCCCCCCGACUCGUCCUCGUCAAACCCUGCCUCUGCCCGCGUAAAAGCACAGAAUGCGACGAGUCCUCCAGCAAGCUACAUGGCAGUCGAACAGCAACCGACUGCAUCGGCAGUAACCACCGCCACUCCUAUACCAGCUCAACAGCAGCCAUCGCCCAAGUCUGACACUCCCAACACGGUUCCCUCACCGCCGUCGGCCUACAAUGCAUCCGCCCCCCAACAGGGCCGCACCGUCGUUGUUCGCGACCUUGCGCAUAUCCAGAGUCUCGCGAGAGCGGACCUGAUGAAUGGCAGCAACGGACCUGGCAUACUGAACGAUCCGCCUCAGCAGGCUAUGAAGUAUGAGAUCAGCGGAAUGCCCAUCGGUGACAUAAUCGAAAUGGUCGCGGCCUUGUUGACCAAGAUCACUACCACCAACGAUCUGCAACACGAUGCGCUACACAGGAAUGCGACCCAUCAGCAGACUGCCGCAAGUCAUAAUACGGAUGGUUCUUCAAUGAGCCCCUUGAGCAGUUCUGUUCUUGCAUUUCAUGGCAAGAAUGUGCCAGCCAUCACGAUCCUGAGCUACUUGAGCAGGAUUCAUAAGUACUGUCCAACUACUUAUGAGGUAUUCCUCAGCCUUCUCGUCUAUUUUGAUCGCAUGACGGAGAGAGUCAACAAUAUGGUCGUGGAAGCGGAAGAGGCCAGGCGGCAGACACAGCAAGAUCAGCAGCCCCGUACCGCCCCAGUGGAUGCCCAGUCGAGCAGAAACAGAGAUAUGAAGAUGCGGGAUGAGAACGGUGUCGAUAGCGACGAGGCUGGAUCUGAUCUAGCUGACGAUGAGGACGGGGGAGCGGGUCCUGGGAAGACGACCGCGGGACAGCCCAAUGACGCAGCAACGCCACAAGCUGGUCCGUCGCCGGCUACCUAUUUUGUCGUCGACAGCUUCAACAUACACCGCUUGAUCAUCGCCGGCGUCACCUGCGCGAGCAAGUUCUUCUCGGAUGUGUUCUAUACCAAUUCAAGAUACGCCAAGGUCGGUGGCCUGCCUCUCGCAGAGCUCAACCAUCUCGAGUUGCAGUUCCUCCUCUUGAACGACUUUCGGCUAAAUGUGCCCGUCGAAGACUUGGAGGUAUACGCCACAAUGCUGGUCGAAUUCUACGCCCGAGAAGUUCUUGCACAGCGAUCACGACCAGCAACUGUCCCUGAGUGA